AUGGAUCACAAAAUUAAGUCACCGUUUAUUUUUAAAAUUGCUAUUUUUAUCGUUUUAACUUGGAUAUGUUAUUUUUACAAUGAUUUGACUACAUUUAAUAAGUACAUAGGGAUAUACACCCUUGACAGGAAAUUAUAUAUAAGAUAUAAUAGAAUACUAGGUAAAUAUGAAAAAGAAAAAGUUUCAAAUAUUGUAGGGAUGAAUGAACUAAUACAUAAAUAUGAACAGAAGAAUGAUAAAUAUGGAAAUAGAAAAAAAGGCCAAUCAAAUAUGUGUUCAUUAUAUAAGGAAGAGUUCAAUAAGCAAUUAAAGGGACAUAAAUAUUUAGUAUUUGAAGGGAAAAAAUUGUCUCAUUUUGAAAGAACAUUAUUCAAACAUCUUGAUUAUAUAGAUUUUAUUAGAAAAAAUCCAACAAUUAGUGAUAAGAGCUACAGAAAUAUAAUUUUCAAAGAAUAUGCACUACUAAUAUAUUUGCCUUUUUUAUUACUUUCGUGGGGAUACAUACUGCCUAUAAUAAAAUAUUCGGUAAAGAAACCAGAAGUAUCUGAUUUUCAUUUCAUAUUAUUUUGCGUUCCAGUCGCUAUAUUAUUUACUAUAUUUAUGUUAGGGGUUGCUUAUACACUUAUAAAAAUUAAAAAACAUAAAAGAUUUGUGAAGAAGCAAUAG